AGCGAAUAGUACUAACCAGAACAGUGUCAUACUUCCGCUCAUUUCCCAUUUCUUUUCAUUCAUCAGCAACAAUCCAUUUAAUAGUCUUCGUUUCUCUCGAGCAACAGAAUAGCAGGAGAGAGAGAGAGACAGAGAGAGAAAAAACAGUCGAAGAAAUCAUAGGAAAAAUCAUAAGAAAGGGUAAAUCACACAGUGAGACAGACUCCUAAUUUUCAUAAAAGAAAAGAAGAGAAAACAGAGGCGAUCUGCAGGGAAAUGGGGACGCUUCAGACAUGGAGAAAAGCAUACGGUGCUCUUAAAGACCACACUAAAGUCGGCCUUGCCCAUGUCAACUCAGAUCNNNAGGAUGUUGAUGUGGCGAUCGUCAAGGCUACGAAUCAUGUGGAGCAUCCACCCAAAGACAGACAUCUCAGAAAAAUUAUGGUUGCCACAUCUGCAAUACGGCCUCGGGCUGAUGUUGCAUACUGCAUACAUGCACUUGCUAGACGACUGGCAAAGACACACAAUUGGACGGUUGCUUUAAAGACAUUAAUAGUUAUCCAUAGAACAUUGAGAGAAGGUGAUCCAGUAUUCAGAGAGGAACUCUUAAAUUUCCAACAGAGGGGUCGUGUCCUCCAAAUGUCUAAUUUCAAGGAUGAUUCAAGUCCCAUUGCUUGGGAUUGCUCUGCCUGGGUAAGAGCAUAUGGCCUCUUCUUGGAAGAACGACUAGAAUGCUUUAGGGUACUUAAGUAUGACAUUGAAGCCGAGCGCCUUCCUAGACCAGCACAAGGCCAAGAUAAGGGUUACAGUAGAACAAGAGACUUGAUGGGUGAAGAACUUUUAGAUCAGUUGCCUGCUUUGCAGCAACUGCUAUAUCGUCUUGUUGGUUGUCAGCCUGAAGGAGCAGCUGUGGGCAAUUACAUGAUUCAGUAUGCUCUCGCCUUGGUACUCAAAGAGAGCUUUAAAAUAUAUUGUGCCAUAAAUGAUGGAAUAAUCAAUCUUGUUGACAAGUUUUUUGAGAUGCCAAGACAUGAAGCCAUUAAAGCCCUAGAUAUCUAUAAAAGAGCUGGACAGCAGGCUGAUGGUCUUUCUGAUUUCUAUGAAGUCUGUAAAGGACUUGAACUUGCCAGAAAUUUCCAGUUCCCUGUCUUGAGAGAGCCUCCCCAGUCCUUUCUAGUGACCAUGGAAGAGUAUAUAAGAGAAGCUCCAAGAAUGGUUUCUGUUCCAAGUGAGGUCUUGGAAUAUCCAGAAAGGCUGAUGCUGACCUAUAACCAAGAGGAUGUUCCUUCACCUUCUAAUGAUACAAAAGUGUCAGAGGAGGAACCCAGGCUACCACCGUCCGAUGAAGGUGCCGUGUCGACUGCUGAAGCAGCUGUCCCUCAACCUCCUCCAGCCAACUUGUACACAGAUGAUUUACUGGGGUUGAACUGGACUACGCAAGAUGCAUCGGUGAUUGAGGAAAGCAACACGUUGGCUCUAGCCAUAGUUCCUUCUGAGACUACACCAUUUGAGUCUAAUGUUUCCCAACCAAAUUUUGACCCAACUGGAUGGGAACUCGCCCUGGUUACCACUCCCAGCAUCAACCUAUCAUCAGUUCAAGAGAAGCAGUUGGUUGGUGGACUAGAUUCACUUACGCUUGAGAGUUUAUAUGAUGAAGGCGCAUAUAGAGCUUCCCAGCAACCAAUAUACGGAGCACCUGCUCCUAAUCCAUUUGAAGUUGGUGAUCCAUUUGCUAUGUCAGACACUGUUGCCAUGCCUCCAGCAGUUCAAACGGUUGCAGUGUCUCAGCAUCAAAACAAUCCAUUUGCCCCAUUUCAGCCUGCUUAUCCACAAGCCCAGCAGCAACAGCAGUUGCUGAUGGGCCCACAAAAUCCUUUUGGCGAUGCAGGGUUCGUAGCAUUUCCGGUUGAGCCUUCUGUGCACCCUCAAACAACCAAUCCAUUUGGGAGCACCGGCCUUCCAUAAUAAAAAUGCACAUAUGCAGGAUGUAACUUACUGGCUUAGUUACUUUUUGGUAUAUUUGAAAUGAGUGAGUUUGAUAUUGUGAACGCAUUCAUCCACAGGAAAGUUUGUUUAUUGAGCUUGAAUCAUAUACUUGUCUUGAGUAGUAAAAAUAGUUGCUCAGUGCUAUGAAAAUAUGCAGUUCGUUGAUGCGAUACUUGAUACGUCAUCUGUUGUCAAUUUGUUUAGUGUAAUACGCCUGUGAUUGUAGUUAA